UCCAGGAAGCACUUCUUCCACAUCUUACCCAAGAAUGCUUAUCAGCCAUGCAUGCAACAAAUAUCUUCAAUAUCCACUCAAAGUUAAGCCCACCAAUAUUUUUCCAUUCAUAGUUUCUUUCUAGGUAGGCUCAAAGUGUACAGAGGUACAAACAACGAAGUUCAUUGCGGCUAAAACAUUCAGGUGAAUGGCUCAGCCGGCGCGGCUGUGCCUGAGGAGUUCAAAUUCUCCUUCAUGGUUCUUUUACAGCCAUUUCUUGAAACUUCCCACCCUUUCCAAACGGUAUUGCAGCAGGGACUAUGCAACUCCGGUAAUGCUAAAAAACCCACAAAAAUUGACGGGCAACUCGACCAUCUUUGGCUUAGAGUUGGGAAAGGGUGUCCAUAGACGUAAUCUUGAAUUAAGAAGCUUGGGUAAUCAAGGUAAAGUAAGUGAAGCCAGGAAGAUGUUCGAUGAAAUGCCGCAAAGAGAUGUCGUUUCUUAUGCUUCCAUGAUUACGAUUUAUCUUAAACAAAAUGAUCUUCCUAGAGCUGAAAGUUUGUAUAGUGCAAUGCCUGAGAGAUAUAUUGUAGCUGAUUCGGCAAUGGUACACGCCUAUGCUAAGGUUGGUCAGCUGGAUCUUGCGCGGAAAAUUUUUGAUCGUAUGCCUUGUAGAAAUGUGUUUUCUUGGACUGGUUUGAUUUCUGGGUAUUUUAAACAUGGAAGGGUGGAUGACGCUUGUGAACUCUUUCGACAAAUGCCUGAGAAAAACGUGGUUUCGUGGACUACAAUGUUGUUGGGUUUUGCUCGAAAUGGCUUGAUUGAUCAGGCGCAGGAAACUUUUGAUCAAAUGCCAGUCAAAAAUGUGGUUUCUUGGACAGCUAUGAUCAGGGCUUAUGUGGAGAGUGGUCAAGUUGAUCAGGCCUUUCAGCUCUUCUAUCAAAUGCCUGAACGUAAUCUUUAUUCCUGGAAUAUAAUGAUCCAAGCCUGCUUGGAUUAUGACUUGGUGAAUGAGGCAGUGCGGCUGUUUAAUUGCAUGCCGUGGACGAAUGCAGUUUCUUGGACCACAAUGGUUACUGGGCUUGCACAGAAAGGAUUUAUUGAUUUGGCUCGGAAGUAUUUUGAUCAAAUGCCAAGCAAGGAUAUAAUUGCUUGGAAUGCUAUGGUAUCAGCCUAUGCUGAUCACGGCAUCAUGUCUGAGGCUAGUAAACUUUUCAGUUUGAUGCCGAAUCACAACAUGGUGACAUGGAACGCCAUGAUUGAUGGGUAUGCCAAAAAUGGGCAUCAAGAUGAAGCUCUCAAGCACUUUGUUCUCAUGCUACGAAGAUCCAGUGGGGCUAACGCAAUUACCCUCACUAGUGUAGUGAUUGCAUGUGAAGGAAUUCUUGAGCUGUUGCAAGCUCAUGGUCUUCUCGUCAAGCUAGGUCUUGAGCAAGAGACCUCAUUGACCAAUGCUCUUGUUACCAUGUACUCUAGGAGUGGAGAUCUUAGCUCAGCACGACUUGUUUUUGAGAAUCUUGAGGCGAAAGACAUUUUGUCAUGGACAGCGAUGAUUCUCGCGUACUCUAAUCAUGGUUAUGGUAACCAAGCAUUACAGAUAUUUGCUCAGAUGUUGCGAUCAGGCAAUAAACCAGACGAGGUUACAUUUGUUGGAGUCUUGACGGCCUGUAGUCAUGCAGGUCUUGUCAAGAAAGGCCAAAGGCUUUUUGACUCCAUGAGGUCUGCUUAUAAUAUCAUUCCCAAUAAAGAGCAUUACUGUUGUCUUGUUGACAUCCUUGGUCGAGCUGGGCUAGUCAAUGAGGCUGUCAAGGUGGUUUACCAAAUGCCUCCAGGAGAAUGUGAUGGUGCUGUUUUAGGAGCACUACUUGGCUCAUGCAAGUUAUAUGGGGAGGUUGCCCUGGCAAAGCUUUUGGGUGAGAGAUUAUUAGAGCUAGAGCCAUCUAGUUCAGGAAGCUAUGUGCUUCUAUCUAACUUGUAUGCUACUUGCGGUUUGUGGGACAAUUUUGCUCAUAUAAGAAAGAGGAUGAAGGAGAGUAGAGUGAAUAAAGUACCCGGUUUUAGUCAAGUAGAAGUAAAGGGUGAGAAUCAUGUGUUUUAUGCAGCAGACAGAUCUCAUAAGGAAAUGGAGCAGAUAUAUGCUGCACUGAAGGAGAAGCUUCUACCGGUGAUGCAAGAUAAAUAUUGCAUGUAUGAAGCUGUAGCGGUAUAGAUUGACAUGGAAUUACAUGUAGAGCUUGUGCUACUGUUUGGUGAUGCAAUUUUUGAUUGCUGGGAUAUGCUUUCCACUAAAUUGAUGCACGGUGCUGCAACAGUACAAAAGCAUUUGUUGUCUGAGAUACCACACUGAACCAGGAAGAUUAGGGGAAAAUUCCGUAGCUGAAUUGGUGGAAAUGCUGCUAAAAAGCACGGAGUUCCAAGGGUAUGCAUUUGACGGGGCCAAGGUGAAGAAGAGAGAAAAGGAGACUGGUAAUUUAGAGAAGAAGAGAUGCUGCCUAUAUUUCGGACUUCCAAAUAGAUCAAGUUUCCUAUUGCUUAACAUUGUGCAGCUAAAUUGAGCUCUCAUGAAACAAAUCAAUAUCAGAUAGGCUUCCCAAUUUGGUCCAGCAGAAAGAAAAGCUUAGGACUUUUGCUUUGCAUAAGAGAUUCUCAAAGCUGAAGAUUCUUACUUAACUAACCAAGACUAUCAAACAGGGUUCCAUAACAAAGGAAAAUUAGGAGGCCUGGCAAUGGUAAUGCAGAUUUCUACAGGCUUCCUAACAGGGAGAAAAGGGUCAAAAGUUUCUUUGAUCAAAACAAGGGCCAUCCAUUUUUGCCCUUUCCUAUGUUGGAAGUUACAGUCCGAUUCAAACUCUCCUAGAUACCUUUUUGUUCUUCAUCAGAUGGAUGACACUUAAUAGGCAUCUAUUCUGAGAAGCUUCUUGCAUUCCAUGUUCACUACUGUUACUUUCAAAUGAACUAACAAACUCGGUAGCUGCUUCUGUUGUUCUUUAUUGUGAGUAUUCCCCAGAUACCCGGUUCAUUGUUUCUUUUUUUGAGGCACAUUUUCUUUGUAAACAUGACAAUACAAAAGACUGAAAUAAGAGAGAGUCGAUAUA